GGCGGCCGCGCGCCGCCCGACGACCUGGACCUGUUCCCCACGCCCGACCCGCACUACGAGAAGAAGUACUACUUCCCGGUGCGCGAGCUGGAGCGCUCGCUGCGCUUCGACAUGAAGGGCGACGACGUGAUCGUCUUCCUGCAUAUCCAGAAAACGGGCGGCACCACCUUCGGCCGCCACCUCGUCCAGAACGUGCGCCUGGAGGUGCCCUGCGACUGCCGGCCCGGCCAGAAGAAGUGCACCUGCUACCGGCCCAACCGCCGCGAGACCUGGCUCUUCUCUCGCUUCUCUACGGGCUGGAGCUGCGGGCUGCACGCCGACUGGACGGAACUCACCAACUGCGUGCCCGGGGUGCUGGACCGCCGCGACCCCGCCGCGGUGCGGGUGCCAGCGAAGUUCUACUACAUCACCCUCCUGCGAGACCCCGUGUCCCGCUACCUGAGCGAGUGGCGGCACGUGCAGCGCGGAGCCACGUGGAAGACCUCGCUGCACAUGUGCGACGGCCGCACGCCCACCCCCGAGGAGCUGCCGCCCUGCUAUGAGGGCACCGACUGGUCGGGCUGCACGCUGCAGGAGUUCAUGGACUGCCCCUACAACCUAGCCAACAACCGCCAGGUGCGCAUGCUGGCCGACCUGAGCCUGGUGGGCUGCUACAACCUGUCCUUCAUCCCCGAGGGCAAGCGGGCGCAGCUGCUGCUGGACAGCGCCAAGAAGAACCUGCGAGGCAUGGCCUUCUUCGGCCUGACCGAGUUCCAGCGCAAGACGCAGUACCUGUUCGAGCGGACGUUCAACCUCAAGUUCAUCCGGCCCUUCAUGCAGUACAACAGCACGCGGGCGGGCGGCGUGGAGGUGGACGAGGACACCAUCCGGCGCAUCGAGGAGCUCAACGAUCUGGACAUGCAGCUCUACGACUACGCCAAGGACCUGUUCCAGCAGCGCUACCAGUACAAGCGGCAGCUGGAGCGCAGGGAGCAGCGCCUGCGGAGCCGCGAGGAGCGCCUGCUGCACCGCGCCAAGGAGGCGCUACCCACCUGCCACAUCACUAGAGCCUUUACUCAAGGGCUCACAGGCCACCGUCCCGGACCCCGCUCGGGAAAGGGUAAUGAGCUGUGUCAGCUGGGGCUGGGGCCAGAGCUGCUGCCCGUGAGCCGUGCCUGGGCCGUGGUGAUUCUCGUGGUCAGGAAGGGUCCUGAGACCCUCAGCUUCCUGACGAGGGCUGCCCCACCCCACCCAGGAGCUCAGCCCUGCCCCCACGUCUCUAGUCCCUUCCCUGACCCUCAGAGGCUGGCCGGUGGCCUGCUAGAAGCCAUGCUGAUACUCGUUGAAUGCACUUGCCCCAUACGGGUGUCCCUGACCCUGCAGUAG